CAGCUGACAGCAGAGCGCUCCAUAAAGGCUCCACUACGCCGCCCCGCACUGCAGUCCCCACCUUCCUCCCGGCCGCUCCGCAGACACAAACAGCGCAGUCAUGUUGCUACUAACGCUCCUCUUCGUGUCCUCAGCUGUAGCUACACCACUGCUGGGCACUGAGCAGUGUGCCCGUGGCCCCCCCUACUGGUGCCAGAAUGUAAAGACGGCCUCGGUGUGUGGAGCUGUUCCUCACUGCCAGCAGAAUGUGUGGAACAAGCCCCAGAUGAGAACGGUACCAUGUGACCUGUGUAAAGAGGUGUUGAUGGUGGUCGGGCAGUUGCUGAAAGACAAUGCAACCGAGGCUGAAAUCCUCGGAUAUCUGGAGAAGGCGUGCCAGCUCAUCCCUGAUCAAGGGAUGACUGCCGAGUGCAAGGAGAUGGUGGAUAGCUACUAUCCUGUCCUCAUUGGGAUCAUCACUGGGGAACUGGAGAAGCCUGAGGUGGUGUGCGGCGCUAUGGGCAUGUGUAAAUCUGAGCAGAUGUCCCUGGCCAAGCUUCAGGCCCAGAAGGAGCUCAUGUCCAAUGAAAUCCCUGAGAUGGACCUGGCCCAGCGCGUGGCCCCCUUCCUGCUUAACGUUCCUGGCCUCCUGUAUCCUCAGGAGAACCUGAAGCAGGACACGCCAACAAAAGCGAGUCCGCAGCAGGAAGGUGAUGAGGUGUGCCAGGACUGCGUCAAGUUCCUCACUGAUACUCAGGCAGAAGCGAAGGCCAACACGUCCUUCAUCGACUCCCUGAUUCAGAACAUUGAGCACCAGUGUGACAUGUUGGGACCGGGCCUGUCUGACAUGUGCAAGCAGUAUGUAGGGCAGUACGGACCCGUCGUUGUUCAGCAGCUGAUGUCCAUGGAACAGCAACCCAAAGAGAUCUGUGCCCUCGCCGGUUUCUGCGCGUCCGCGAAGAAGUCCGUUCCCAUGCUGAACCUCGAGGCCGCAAAGGUCGUCCCCGCUAAACCCAUCCUGGCUGCUAAGCUCUUCCCCGCCACCAAGGUUGAGUCUGCUGCUGCUUCCAGGCCGAUGGUGCGCGUCCGUGAUUCUCCAACUUGUGCCAUCUGUGAGUUUGUGAUGAAGCAGCUGGAGGCCAUGCUGGAGGAUCAUAAGACGGAGGAGGAGGUUGUUCAGGCUGUGGAGAAGGUGUGCACCUUCCUGCCCUCCUCCCUGUCCGCUCAGUGCAAAGGCCUGGUUGACACGUACGGCGAGGCCAUCAUCGAGCUGCUGGUGCAGCAGGCCGACCCCAAGACUGUCUGCACGGUGCUGGGACUCUGCAACGAUGCCAGCCGGGCCUUUAUUGUGGCCCUGGACCAGAGCCGUUUUAAGGUCGGUGGCUACUGUGAGGUCUGCAAGAUGGCCGUGAGUUACAUCGACGGCAUUCUGGAGAAGAACGCCACAAAGGAAGAGAUCGAGGAAGCCGUGAAGAAAGUCUGCAGCUUCCUGCCCGACACUUACAGGACUGAGUGCGACCAGCUGGUUGACCAGUACGAGCCAAUGCUUGUCCAACUGUUGCUUCAGAUGCUAGACCCAGACUUCGUGUGUACGAAAGUGGGAGCUUGCCCUGAAGCGGAGCGUAAGCUGCUGGGAACAGAGCAGUGCUCCUGGGGACCCGGAUACUGGUGCAAGAACCUGGAAACAGCCAGACAGUGCAACGCUGUGGCUCACUGCAAACGCCAUGUGUGGGUGUAGAGACUGACGACUAACUGACCUGUUGGGAAAUAAAACUUAAAGAAAAUUUACUGUAGUGCUGCUUUCCACUAUUAAUUCAUGUCUAACGGGCUGAAACUGCUGCCACAUAUGACUAUAUUGACUUUCUAUGUUUUGAAUGACAACAUGGUGGAAAGGGACUGGGUUUAGUUUUUUUUAAUGUCUUUUGUUGUAGUUAAAGGAGGAUUUGGAAGUUGGGUACAGAGGGUGGGUGAUUAUAUUUGUGACGGCCUGAAGUUUGGCCAGUUUUGUAUUAGUUUCAGUUUUGUGUUGCUUGCUUGAUGACCAUUGAAACCAAAUGAUUUCAGGCCCAAACCACUAUUGUAGAUCUAUUUCCUGUUUCUGCCCUGAUUUCACUGUAAGCAGAUGAACCAACUCAUAGUGGUAUUGGCUUGUCAUCAGUUUUAGCAGUAUGUGUGACCCUAUAUCAAAUACUUUGAUGUUGGUCUUUAAUGAGCUGCCGUGGCGGUCGCCUCCCAGUGUUUGCACUCUGCUCAUUCUUUGUAAAUUUGUGGCUCUAAUGCACAAAAUCUCAAAUCUGCUUUGAGCAACUGGCCGAUUGUCCACUGAUCUGUGAAUUUGACAAUUAAAGUGAUUCCAAACCCA